CACCGCAGUUUCUUCAAACCGAGUAGCUUGAGGAAUACACCGGCGACCUUUCCACAUGGGCAGCCACUAUAUAUAUUAAUGGCGUCGCGAGCCAACAACGCACGAGACAAAGGGCCUCACGCUUUCCACAUCGACACAAAAACCAACCGCCGCCACCUCCCUCCGCUCGCGCUAGCUGUGUGCGUUCCUUGCCUGCCACAACUCCAGCACUUGGAGUCUUCGACGACGACGAUGACGACGACGGCAGGGGAGGAGAAAGAGAAACAGGCGGGCGGGUCAUCCAUGGAGACGGAGGAGGAGACGACGCCCAAGGCGAAGAAGCGGCCGCAGUCGCUACUCGGGAGCCUGCGGGAGGCGAUCACCAAGGUCCGGUUCCUGCUCUCCUCCAGCGCGACGCGGUGGAUGCUGCUCAGGUCCCUGGCCCGCGGCGGCGGCAGCGGCGGCGCCCCGGCGCGGCGCCUCAGCUUCGACGCGCGACCGGGCCUGCUCGACACCAUCGCCGCGUCGCCGACCUCCUCCUGCAGCUCCAGGACCUCCAGGUCGGCCAGCCUGGGCACGGCGACCACCCGGACCCUGUCGCGGGCCAGCAGCGCCGCGUCGCCGGAGGCCCUGACGAGGGCCUCGUCGUCGUCCGGCGGCCGCUCCCCGGCGUCGUCGGCCGGGGACGACGACGUCGACCAGCGCGCCGAGCUCUUCAUCGCCAACUUCUACAGGCAGCUGCGGAUGGAGCGCCAGGUCUCGCUGCAGCUGCGGUACGUCAGGGGGAACAGCUGGGACAGGACCCCUGGCGCAACUCCUUCUCCUGCUUCUUCCAGGGGAUGAUCCGUAGAUUGCGUAGCGAAAUAAGAAUUUGCAAGGUAGAGAUCCUUUCCUUUCAGAGCGCGCGGUGACGCGAUUUAGAUGGGUAUCCUCUUUUUUUUUCCUCCAUCGUUUCUGCACAUUCUUUUUUUUUUGGGUGCUGAAUAGUACUGUACAGUUUAUGAUUUGCUUGGACUCAUGAUCGAGAGUGUAAUAAAUACAAAAAAAAAGAGAGAGAGAUUGGGAUUACAGUCUGUAAUCAGGUGUUCGUUUUGACUUUCGUUAUGUGAACCAAGAGGAAAAGGGGAAGCACAUUCUGAUGCUCA